AUGUCGUGCGAAACGCAGCUUUCGAUUUUCCAUGACAGAAGCAACCCUCUUGCUACCACUUAUGAACUGAAUUCAAACGCAUCGGGCAAGCCAGUCCCAGGCGUGCUCGGCCUUACCUACGUGCGAGAUGCUAUGGAAGCGCCAUCACGAAAGCUCUUCAACAGAUCGGCGGCAUCCACCCUCAAGAUCCUGCGACUGCUCACAAGGUCGCCAGCAUCAAACACUAAUGGUCCCGGGCGUCUGAAUGUAGAUGGCAUCCAGGUGCUUUACGGGGAGGACGCUUUAGAGGAAAGACUAGCUCCGAGCCCAGGGUCUAAGGCAGAUACCGUCAUCAAUUAUUUCUCUGGCAUGCGUGUAUACCAUCCCAACGGCUAUUUUACGAGCCAGUUCCUCAACUGUCGUUCUUCCAACAUCAAGGAGAGCGACAUUUCCCCGAUAACCUCUGCAACCGCCCAUCAGCCAAUCAUUAUCCAUUCGGGGGUGUGUCUUUUCUCUGCCAAAAUGAUAGGCUUUGUGCCGACAAAGGGCUCGCCAGUCAAUGGUGACUACGCCAUUCCAUCUCUCCCGGAUGCGUCGAGAGCAAGCUUAUAUGAGAUCGAGACGAUAACAAGGCUCUCCAGCCAGAUCGCAGACCUCAUUGCUAUGGUCACGGCGGGUGCCAGGAGAAAGCAAGACAUCCAGGUGCGGUUGGAUAUCCCACGGCUGCAAUAUUAUGCCUAUCCACUGGAGCUCUACGAGAGGGGCAUCGUCGACAAUGCCUACGUCCAGGAAUGGAUGAGCCGAGUCAACCAGAGACAUAGUCAAAUCCUGGCCAUCUUUCAACAAGCGGUUGUCGAAGGGCUAGCGCAGCGUAGCGCUCCUGCCAACAUCCAGAUUGAAAGCACGAACGGGACAGAUGUGUUAAGUCGAUAUAUCCAAACAGAAGUCGCUAGCUAUCGCUCUCCGUCUGUUGUGCAAGCGAUGCAUGUCCUGCAAUGCCAUGGGCCCGAUCAAGCCAAAUGGAGGCGGUUUUUCUCACACAUUGGUGAAGACCACUUACCCAAAGAUCUCCGGGGGCUCGCAUUGCUGUCCUACGUAUACGAGGUCUUGCGGCCAGGCUUUGAUGCAGGCAUAUGCCACGAAAGUCACGCGCGCCCUAUCAUACUCCAGGUUGACGACAUAGCUGAAUGGCGCAUUUACGACACCGCAGACAAGCUGGCCAAGAGGAUUGAUGCCCAAGCUCGACCGAUGCUGAUCGGCAUGUUCCCCUUCCAUCAGGUCCUCACAUCCGAAGUGAAUGGGCGGUCAAGUCUCUUCCUUCACGAUCCAGGACAUCGUGUGUACAACACGGUGGAUCCAGCGAGUCUCAGUCCAGAGUAUGUACACCCAGUCAAAGUCGUUGAGCAAACGUAUGGAAAGCCAGCUGGCGAUAUGAUGAAUCAGCUUCUUGUCCUGCAUGGGCUUUAUGGAGGUGAAUCGAGUGCCCUUUGA